AUGAGCCGCCCUUCGCGAUCAAGCAUGGGCCCGCCACAAAACAUGCCUCCGCCCCUCGAAAUCAUCAUGGGCCCACCACCACUGCCCCCGCAGGCCUCCCAGCCUCGCGAAAGCAGCUCCAAGAAGGCCCCGGACCCGGACGUGCCCGAAAAAUACGCAAAGCUCGUGCGCAAGUACAAGGAACUCGAGGAGAAAUUCACUGAGUCUCAGUUCCAGCUACAAAGGUCCGGCGAGCGCAACCUCAAAUGGCGAGCAGAACGCGCUUUACUGCUGGAUCGUAUCACCGAGCUCGAGACCAACCCCCAGGUCAACCCCGGUGCACCCAUCCCCGGCCCCCCUUUCACCGCCUUUCCGCGCUCCCUGCUGUCCGUAAACAGCCAGAAACACUUCGUGAGCAACCUCCGCCAGGCCAUUGACGAGGUGGACCAGGAAGACCCCAACAUUGAUCCUGUUGUCCUUUCCCGCCACAUCGGGCCCGACGCGCGCAAGCGCCAGGAGGAGCAGCGCAGACAGCAGGAAGAGGACGAGGCGCGGGAGGCACGGCGGCAGGCGAGACGGCCGCGAACGACGCAGAAGGGGAAGGAGAUGAGUGUCCCGGUGCAGCAGUACGCGCCACCGCACCCGUCAAUGCAGGGCCAGGGAAAUGGGGUACCGCCCGUGCUCGUGUCGAGCUCGGGCACCAGAUUGAGACUGAAGCCACCCGCGCCGCCCUCUGGGGAGGCGAGUCCCCCGCCGGGGUCGUCGAUGCAGCCCCCCCUGCCGCACGGCCUCAUGCAGGGCCACCGCCGCUCUGAGUCGCCCGGCUCCCCCAUGAUGUCCCCGCAUGACGAGUAUCCCCCGCCUGUGCCGGGUGCGGCGUACUCGCCGUCCUUUCGGCCCGCAGGAGCAGAGGCCAUAGCAAACGCGCCGCCGUCGCAAAGUCAAAUGCAGAUGACCCUACGUACAUCGUCGUCAGGCGCCCUCGCCGCGUCACGCCCGACGGAUAUUCAGCGUCACGCAAAGCCGAAGCGACUGAAAGCGCAUACCGUGCAGAGCAAGAGCUUCAGCAUACCCAUGGUGCCCCGCGACAAGAAAGGCCGACCGCUCCUCCCCCUUGUCGUCGGCAUCAUGACCGUCAUCAACCUCGGUGAUGUGUGCAUGCGCGAGCACUUCCACACCGAGCGAUACAUCUUUCCCAUUCACUACGAGGUGACCAGGCGCUACCUGUCGAUGGUCAACCCCGACGCAGAGGCCAUCUACCAUUGUACCAUCCUUGACGGAGGCGACGGGCCGACGUUCCAGAUAACUCCCCAGGAUAAACCUGAACACAAAGUCCUCGCGGGCACCGCGACCGGCGCGUGGUCGACCAUCGUGAAGGAGGCGAACCGCAUACGGAACCGACAGCACUCAAACUCUAACACUAUCAAGCACCUGAUCCAGGAACUGCCCAACGCGCAUCAGUUGAAGGACUACGUCUGGCAGCACUUCGUCGAGGGCGGACCCCUUGGUGGCAGGCACGCCGCGGUGAUCCCGGCGCUUCCGGAGGAUAAUGACCAGGCGGAAGGUGGCCGACCAGACGGGGGCCCGUACUAUUCGGAGAGAGGCAAGGAGGGGGACCACAGAGAGCUGCAAAUCAUACAGGUUGACGCGGAAGAUCCGUCGAGGCCACAACCAUAUCAUCCGCCGCCUUCUACCAUGAAACCGAUUCAAUUCCAGCAAGAAUAUCAAGAAUAUGUUCCCCCACAUGCUCGGGACGCACCACCACAGCGCGGACGACGAAGCUCACGCACGAGUAAUCCUGCGUAUGAAGAUUACGGGCCUACCGGCAACAACCCAGUUCGCGGCGAGUCGCCGUCAAGUACACGGAUGUCGCACUCCCCCGUCAUGCACCGGGAGCGGGAGAACCGGGAGAGGUAUUCACCACCGCCUCAGAUGUCCGCUCAUCACACGCGCUCGCAGUCGCACUCAUCCAUGCCGUCCCCUCGUGGACACCACCACUCACCCUAUCAUCCCGGCACGUCGAACGGCGAGGCCGCACGCCACUAUCCCACUAGGUCUGGCGCCUCGCCGCCACCCUAUCAUGCACGCAUAUCCUGCACCACCGAUGGCGGCCAACGGGGCACCGGCCCGCCACCCCCAGAAGAGUACGCAUACGCAAACGGGUCCAACGGCCGGCGAAAUGGCCACGCGAGCGCGAACGUGCAGUCGUUCCCACCCGGGUAG